AUGAGACUGAAUAUAAUCAUAUUUAAAAAUAAUGUUUGCUUUGAUGAGUCAAAGGAGGGCCUUCUAGUCUUAAGUUCUCUCUAUAGGUGAGAUGCUUGUCAGUCUUUUGCUUCAAAUGUAGCCACAGCCAGAUACAUUUUACGAAUCAUUCAAAUUAAGCUGCCAGAUCUUGGAGAGGGACUAAAGAAGCAACAAUAAGGGAAUGGUUUGUCUAGAAAUGUUAAGAAAUUGAUGGAUUUAAAGAAAUUUGAGAAAUAUUCGCAAACUAACUGGUUGCACAAAUCCUAAGCAUUAAUAAAGGUAUUCUUAUAAAGAUAUAUUACAAAGGAGAUGAGAUCUGCCAAGUUGGAAGCACUCUAGCAGAUGUGGAACUUUUAGAAGGAAAUCAAACCAAUUCAGAGGAAAGUGUAGAGUAAAAUAUUUCUGAUGAAACAUCAGCAGUUCAAGCUUCAAUGGAUUCUUCCAUUGAAGUUAAUAUAGAUAAGACAGAUGAUGAAAAGAUUCUAAUAACCCAAGCACUAGAAAUUAUGCCAUAAAAAGAUUUUGAUAUCACAAAAGUACAUGACUCUGGAGAAGAUGACAGAAUUACUAAUGCUGAUAUUGAUAAUUUCUCAGAAAGUCUACAUCUCAGCUAAGAAGAGAAAGGCAUAUCCCUCAGCGACCUUCUCUGACAGGUGCAACAGAUAAAUACCAAGUUAAACCAAUUGGAUGAGUCUUGAAAGGAAUGAUAAAAACAAUAACUGAGUCACUAUCAAUCUACUUCUUC